GUCGUUUCCCAAUGUAGUCUCUCUACAGUGACUGGUGAACGUGUCGGACCAGAAUGAACCUCUUAAUAGUUACAGUGACUCUAGCUGCAGCUACGAUCUGUGAAGGUCAAACCUGCUGGGAGAACGACGUCUCCGACUGCACCAUGCACGCAACACACGGUUUCUUUUAUGCGGGAAAGAGCAUGGCCAAGUUGUGUGCCGCCGGGGAGACGUACCUGAAGUGUCUGAACUCCCUCAUCAGUUGCAGAUCAUCAUACUACUACUUUGAUGCCAUCCGAAUCCUCAACAGUAGAGUCACCAUCGAUGACUGUCCUGGCCUUCUCAACCUGACCAUCAGUUCUCCACCGGUUUUAACUGGAUGAUCAUACUGCAACCAUCAUCAACCGCCGCAUUAAACAUACUUUUAGUCA